AUGGCGAACAAAGCCUCGUCUCGCCUGCAGACCCCAGUAGAUCGCAACGUCAAGAAUGUCGUACUAGGAGAUUUGCUAUUCAAGCCUUGGUACCAGUCUAUUUACCCGGAAGACCUCGUCGCCAAGGACACGGAAUGUCUAUACGUUUGCCGCUGGUGCUUUCGGUAUUCCUGUGACGGAGCUGCCUUCGCGGCGCACACCCGCGCCUGCGAGCAUCGCACGACGCCGCCCGGUACCAAGGUUUACGACAAUGGCGGAUAUGCGGUAUGGGAGGUCGACGGCCAGGGGCACAAACUUUUCGGACAGAACCUCUCUCUCUUUGCCAAGCUCUUCCUCGACCACAAAACGGUCUUCUUCGAUGUCGCAACCUUCCUCUACUACAUUCUCACCUUUACCGAUCCCGACAACCCGGACAACUACCAUGUGCUCGGAUUCUUCUCCAAAGAAAAGCUGUCCUGGGAUGCGAACAAUCUCGCCUGCAUUCUAGUCUUCCCACCAUACCAGCACAAACAACUGGGGAAGUUGCUGAUGGGUGUCAGCUACAAGCUCAGCGGCUGGGACGUCGAAGGUGGAUACAUCGGUGGACCGGAGAAGCCCCUCAGUGAUCUAGGCCAGAAGAGUUAUAACCGAUUCUGGGCGGAGCGUAUCGCGCGAUACUUGCUGCGCGACAAGUAUGGUGAUAACCUCGCUGAACCUGGUCUACUGAAACCCGCGACUCUCUCGAAAGCCUCGCGCAAAAGACCGGCACGCGAACACAUGACGGUCGAGGAAAUUGGCCGGGGGACGGGAAUGUUGACCGAAGACGUGAUUACUGCUAUCAAGAGCAUGGGCGUUGUUGCACCGGAAACCUCCCCGAAGAAACGCAAAUUGAGCCGCCUUUCUGGGGAUCACCAUCUCAACCAGGGUCCAACGAUGAUCAUUCGCAAGUCGGAUGUGUGGGAAUGGGCUAAAUCCCACAAUCUGUCGCUGGAUGACCCGGUAAGGGAAGAGGGCUUUGUGGGCGACUGGUCUCUUAGGGCUCUCUCGGAGGGCCAGAGCACCGCAUCGUCGGAGGACUGA